UGCCUGCCAGCCAGUCUCCCACUCGGGUUGUGACUGACGCACCGCUGUGUUCCACACUUGCUGCUGAAGCUGAGGCUCUUUCCCCGGCGGAUCCUCUCCAUGUAUGGACGCGCUCAGAGGAGGGAUGCUGUAGACGCUCCAGCUCAGACGCCCAAAGACAGAAACACGGGCUGCUGAGGAGAUCAGGAUCCUGGCGCUGGUUUGAAUGGGCGGAGGAUUCGCCCUCUGAGCUCGAGUCUAGUUGUUGAGGUGCCAGGCGUGUGUCUGUGUAGCCACACGAAUCUCCAGCUGUACCGCUCUCUCGCGCACCCACCUGCAUCAUGGCGGGGGCGUCGGUGAAGGUGGCGGUGAGGGUUCGACCCUUCAACUCCAGAGAGAUCGGGAAGGAGAGUAAAUGCAUCAUUCAGAUGACAGGGAACACCACAACGAUCCUGAACCCCAAACAGCCGAAAGAAAACAAGAGCUUUAACUUUGACUUCUCUUACUGGUCACACACUACGCCUGAGGACAUCAACUAUGCGUCUCAGAUGCAGGUGUACAAGGACAUCGGAGAGGAGAUGCUGCUUCAUGCCUUCGAAGGCUACAACGUCUGCAUAUUUGCAUAUGGCCAGACAGGAGCUGGCAAAAGCUACACCAUGAUGGGACGACCAACAGAGAAAGACCAACAAGGGAUCAUACCUCUGCUGUGCGAGGACCUGUUCACCAAGAUCAAUGACAGCAAUAAUGACAACAGCAUGUCUUACUCUGUAGAGGUGAGUUACAUGGAGAUUUACUGUGAGCGUGUACGCGACCUGCUGAACCCCAAAAACAAAGGAAACCUGCGUGUCAGAGAGCACCCGCUGAUGGGACCUUACGUGGAAGAUUUAUCCAAACUGGCCGUCACCUCCUACAAUGACAUCCAGGACCUGAUGGACUCUGGAAACAAAGCCAGGACUGUGGCUGCUACCAACAUGAAUGAGACCAGCAGUCGCUCCCACGCUGUCUUCAACAUCAUCUUCACACAGAAGAAACACGACAUGGAGACAGAAAACCCUUUAGAAAAGGUCAGCAAGAUCAGUCUGGUGGACUUGGCUGGCAGCGAGAGAGCUGACUCAACCGGAGCUAAAGGAACCAGACUGAAGGAAGGAGCAAACAUCAACAAGUCUUUAACCACACUGGGGAAAGUUAUUUCUGCUCUGGCUGAACUGGCCUCGGCACCAAACAAGAACAAGAAAAAGAAGAAGGUGGAAAGUUUUAUUCCCUACAGAGAUUCAGUUCUGACAUGGCUACUGAGGGAGAACUUAGGAGGUAACUCUCGUACUGCUAUGGUGGCUGCCCUGAGCCCUGCUGACAUUAACUAUGAUGAAACCCUCAGUACCCUCCGGUAUGCUGACCGUGCCAAACAGAUCCGCUGCAAUGCCGUGAUCAACGAGGACCCCAGCAACCGUCUGGUGCGUGAGCUGAAGGAGGAGGUGGCUCGCCUCAAGGACCUGCUGUAUGCACAGGGCCUGGGAGACAUCAUAGAGACGUAUCGCUGUCCCGGCCCUGUCAUCGAUGGUUUGAAAUACCUGUGCGAUUACAAGAACUUUGUGAAUAAUCGCCAGGCUGUCAAUCAAAGGGGUGAUCUCUCCACAGUGAACCACGCCAUGACAGGAAUGAGCCCGUCUCCCUCGCUCUCAGCGCUGUCCAGUCGCGCCGGUUCCAUCAGCAAUCUUCACGACCGCAUCUUCAGUCCGGCCAGCGAAGAGACCAUUGAGAGGCUCAAGGAAACAGAGAAAAUUAUUGCUGAGCUCAACGAGACGUGGGAGGAGAAGCUGCGUCGCACUGAGGCCAUCCGCAUGGAGAGAGAGGCCCUGCUGGCUGAGAUGGGUGUUGCCAUGAGAGAAGACGGAGGCACUGUGGGUGUCUUCUCCCCAAAAAAGACCCCUCAUCUGGUGAACCUGAACGAGGACCCGCUGAUGUCCGAGUGUCUGCUCUAUUACAUCAAAGACGGCAUCACCAAGGUUGGUCGAGAAAAUGCCAAAGCUCGUCAAGACAUCGUUCUCAGUGGCCAUUUCAUCAGAGACGAACACUGCACCUUCAGCAGCACCACAAGCCCUCAGGGUGAAGGAUGUGUUAUCCUUGAGCCAUGUGAGGGGACGGAGACGUAUGUCAAUGGGAAGAGAGUGUCCUCCCCCAUCGUUCUGCGAUCUGGAAAUCGCAUUAUCAUGGGGAAGAGCCAUGUGUUUCGCUUCAACGACCCGGAGCAGGCUCGUCUGGAGCGAGAGAGGACGCCGUGUGCUGAGACGCCAGUGGAGCCCGUCGACUGGGCCUUCGCUCAGAGAGAGCUGCUGGAGAAACAAGGCAUCGACAUGAAGCAAGAGAUGGAGCAGAGGCUUCAGGAACUUGAGGACCAGUAUCGUAAAGAAAGGGAGGAGGCCAGUAACCUACUGGAACAGCAAAGACUGGACUAUGAGAGUAAACUGGAGGCUCUUCAGAAACAGGUGGAUUCUCGGUGCCUGGAGUCACCUGAGGAAGAGGAGGAGCCUGAAGAGGAAGGUGAUACCGUCACUUUCAAUUCUGACAUCCAACACAAGUCAGGCUUUUGUUUGGUCACAUCUGAUUCUUAUAUCAACUCCCUUGCCUCCCCAGUGCCGUGGACGAAGCGUGAGACGGAGCUGGCUCUGUGGGCGUUCAGAAAGUGGCGUUUCUACCAGUUCACCUCUCUCAGGGAUCUGCUGUGGGGCAAUGCCAUCUUCCUCAAGGAGGCCAAUGCGAUCAGUGUGGAACUGAAGAAGAAGGUGCAGUUCCAGUUUGUCCUGUUGACGGACACUCUCUACUCUCCGCUACCGCCUGACCUGCUGCCCCCCUGUGUGGCCAAGGAAAGAGAAAGACGACCUUUCCCCCAGACCAUCGUAGCCGUGGAAGUCCAGGAUCAGAAGAACGGAGCCACGCAUUACUGGACUCUGGAGAAACUCAGGCAGAGACUGGACCUAAUGAGAGAAAUGUACGACCGUGCUGCAGAGCUCCCCAGCAGUGCUGUGGAGGACUGCGACCACACCCUGACCGGAGGCGAUCCGUUCUACGACCGCUUCCCCUGGUUCCGUCUUGUCGGCAGGGCUUUUGUGUACCUGAGUAACCUGCUGUACCCGGUGCCCCUGGUACACCGCGUGGCCAUCGUCAGCGAGAAAGGAGAAGUGAAAGGCUUCCUCCGAGUGGCUGUGCAGGCAAUAUCAGCCGAUGAGGAGGCCCCUGAUUACGGCUCUGGUGUGAGGCAGUCAGGCACUGCCAAGAUCUCCUUCGAAGAUAAACAUUUUGAGAAGUUCCAGACUGAGUCGUGUCCUGGUACUCUGUCGCACUCCAACACCUCCCAAGAGGAGCUGAGAAUCGUGGAGGGAGAAGGACAAAGCGCUGAGAUUGGAUUCUCUGCAGAUGAAGUCAACAACAACACAUGUGCAGCCAUUGUGGAGCCUCCCAGCAGCCCAGCGAAGAGUUUAAGUCUAGAUCUCCCCCUAGACCUCUCCCCAGAGAUUGCUCUGUCCCACUUGAAGAUCGGCAGCACCUUCACCUUCAGAGUCACCGUCUUACAGGCCUCCAGCAUCUCAGCCGAGUAUGCUGACAUCUUCUGCCAGUUCAAUUUCAUCCACCGUCAUGAUGAAGCUUUCUCCACUGAACCGUUGAAGAACACCGGCAGAGGACCUCCGCUGGGCUUCUACCAUGUCCAAAAUAUCACAGUGGAGGUGACUAAGUCCUUUGUGGAGUAUAUUAAGACUCAGCCCAUCGUCUUCGAGGUGUUUGGUCACUACCAGAAACAACCCUUCCCUCCGCUCUGCAAAGACUUGAUCAGUCCGCUCAGACCCUCCAGGAGGCAGUUCCCCAGGGUGAUGCCCUUAUCCAAACCAGUUCCGGCCACCAAGCUCAGCACUUUGACUCGCUCCACUGCGGGACCGUGUCACGCCAAAUACGACCUCAUGGCCUUCUUUGAGAUCUGUGAGCUGGAGGCCAACGGAGACUACAUACCCGCAGUUGUUGACCACAGAGCUGGGAUGCCCUGUCACGGCACGUUCCUCUUACAUCAGGGCAUUCAGAGGAGGAUCACAGUCACCAUUGCUCACGAAACAGGAAAUGAUGUCGAGUGGAAAGAGGUGAAAGAGCUGGUCAUUGGUCGCAUUCGGAACACACCAGAGGCUGAUGAGACCAUCAUCGACCCCAACAUCCUGUCUCUCAACAUCCUGUCGUCCGGAUACUUCUGGCCCAAACAUGACGACAACGUCUCCUUGGGAGUUGAUCAUAGGACGUUUUACCGAUUUGAGGCAGCAUGGGACAGUUCCAUGCACAACUCUCUGCUCCUGAACAGAGUCACUCCGUAUGGAGAGAAGAUCUACAUCACCCUGUCUGCUUAUCUGGAGAUGGAGAACUGCACUCAGCCGACAGUGAUCACCAAAGACUUCUGCAUGGUGUUUUACUCCCGCGACGCAAAGCUGCCAGCCUCUCGCUCCAUCAGGAACCUCUUCAGCACCGGCUGCCUUCGGCCUUCAGAGAGUAACCGUGUCACAGGAGUCUAUGAAGUCACUCUGUGCCAUGUGGCUGACAAUGGAAGUCCAGGCAUGCAGCGUCGUCGCAGGCGUGUGCUGGACACCUCGGUGGCGUACGUGCGAGGAGAGGAGAACCUGGCUGGAUGGAGGCCUCGGAGCGACAGCCUCAUCCUCGAUCACCAGUGGGAGCUGGAGAAACUCAGCUUACUGCAGGAGGUGGAGAAGACCAGGCACUAUCUGCUGCUGAGGGAGAAGCUGGAGGCCACUCUGCAGGCGGGACAGGAUGCGCUGUACAAGAGCAGUGACAUCAGCGACUUCGCAAAGAGUCCUGUCCUCAGCCACAGUCCCAGCAGCAGCCCCGCCCUCGAUAGCCCCAACCAGAGGCAGAGGGAGCUGGCUGCCAAGUGUUUGCGUCUGCUGAUGCACACCUUCAACAGGGAGUACAGCCAGGUGAGCAGCAGUGCCAGUGAGAGCAAGCUCUCUGAGAUGUCUGCAUCACUAAUGAGGGAGUCGUCAUCUGGACUGAGCACGCUCACUCCAUCCUCUACCUGCCCGUCACUGGUCGAGGGACACUAUGACAUUAGACAUACUGAACCAGGUUCAGGAGCAUCCACUCCAGAUCUGGACCCGUACAGCCCAGUGGACAGAAAGAAAGCUCUCAGAGGAUACAGCUUUGUGCCUGACAUACAGGAGAUUCGCGUCAGCCCCAUCGUGUCAAAGAAGGGCUACCUGCACUUCCUGGAGCCCCACACCAGUGGCUGGGUGAAGCGCUACGUGGUGGUGCGCCGGCCCUACGUCUACCUGUACCGCAGCGAGAGGGACAGUGUUGAGAGAGCUGUCAUCAACCUGUCGUCUGCAAAGGUGGAAUACAGCGAAGACAAACAAACCUUACUGCGGACUCCCAACACGUUUGCUGUGUGCACCGAGCAUCGUGGGAUACUGCUGCAGGCCACCAAUGACAAAGAGAUGCAUGACUGGCUGUAUGCUUUCAACCCUCUGUUAGCUGGCACCAUCAGGUCAAAGCUCUCCCGGAGAAAGUCGGUCCAGUCGGUCCCAUCUGCACAGAGGAUGUGAGAGGUGAACCAGCCUGGUGGAAACCUACACAAAAAAAAGAAUACAAUCUAUAAGCUCCGCUCUACAUCCUGCUCCAAUGAACAUUGACCAUAUAAACAAACUUAUACAUAAAACCAAUUACAUUGCUCUCUAUGUGACAUCACUGUCGCUCAUCUCAAACCCCAGCGAAACACCUCUUCCCUCUUUUUGCAGUCGACACCUCAGACCCUGCAUGGUGUGCUCCCUCCUGACCGUUAGAAAUAUACAUAACAAACACUAAUCACCCAAACGUGUCAGUUAUCUUACCCCUGCUGGGCUUUUGGACAAGUUCUGAUUAGUUUUCAUAUACAUUUAGAAAUCAGUCUCCUGCGAGGCCACCCAGUCCCUGUUGAAAGUUACUAUGUGCUCUGAACAUAAGUCCCAGUUGUAAAAACCAGCCAUUCAUGUAUUUCUACUUAACGACAUUAGGUGAGGGGGGGUAAAUAAUAAUAAUAGAAAAAAACACCAAACUGGAUGUUACUCUGUGUAGAUGUGUGUCAAGUGCAGGGAACAUCAGCUCCACAUCCAUCAUUCAAAUACUGCACAUUACCUCAGCUUGGUGCUCUAUGAUGUAGAGUAUUUGUUUCAAAAAACAGAUGAGUCAUUUAAACACUGAAGUAGCAUGAGGAGGGAUUUGUUAGGACAAAGGGGUAAGCUGUAUCUGUUGUUUUUUUUCUUUUUAAACUAGUUCAACUGAGCUUGUUGGCCAGAUUGAGGCAGAAAAUAACCCAGGAGAGAUAACUCAUGUCCUCGCCUUGUUCUUGAUAUUUUCUUCUCAUUUAACAUAACCCCCUUGUUCAUAUAUUUAUAUAUAUAUAUAUAGCUACAGCAGAAUAUUAUUUAUUGUUGCUAUCAUAGGUUCUCUGCACUGUUAUUUAUUUGUGACAGGAUCACUGACCAGUUUUGUUUCAUGGCACUUUAUUAUCGUUAUAAUGUCUUGUAUCAUUCACUCACUUGUUUUAACCAAAGUAUUUUUUUUCUUUUUCUACUUGUUCCAAAUGUUGUUGACUUUGCAGUUGUGUCAGCAAAAACUGUUUAUGAGAAUAACUUCGAAAUUUUGAGAAAUAUUUUUAUUUGCUUUCUUGCUGAGAAAGAUAAGAAGAUCGAUGCUACUCUGUGGUCUGCAUGCUUAAAAUGAGGCUAGCCACCAGCAGUCAGUUAGCCUAGCUUAGCUUAGCCAAGACUGGAAGUAAUAUGUAACAUCUGCCUGCCAAUAGGCUACUUCUAAAACAAUAAUUCACAUGUUCUCAAGUUAGUUUGAUACAUAAACUGAUCUGUAAACUUGACAAAUUGAGUUGAGUUGAAAUUUUGAGAAAUAUUCGCAUUUGCUAUUUUGCUGGAAAUCUAAUAAGAUCGAUGCAACUCUGUGGUCUGAAAGCUAAAAAUGUAACUAGCCCAAGCAGUCUGUUAGUUCAGUUUAUCUCAUCUUGACUUAUUUUAUCUUAGCAAAGACUGGAAGCAAUAUAUAACAAUAUCUAUCUGCUGGUACUUCUGAACUCGCCGAUUCACUGUUUCUUGUCAGUUUCACACAUAAACAGAUUUAUUUCCUGGAUUAUUUCUUAGCCGUGUGCAAAAGAAGGGACAACGUACCAAGUGUCCUUCCCUCAUGGAACACUGGUUAUGCACGUAACCUCUAGAUUUUCUUAUUUAGCCUCUCGCAAUAAAGCAAAUGAGCGUAUUCUUCUGAAAGCUGAACUUUUUUCUUUAAACUAAUCAGUUAUAUCCAAAUUGAACAACUGUAUUGUAUGUGUGUGGUUACAUUUUUAUCUCAUGAGCACUUAUUCAGUCCGCUAUGGGCCGGCAGAGUUGUUACGUUAAAUACGUUUACUAUUUACGUCUACUCUAGUAGCUAAAUGGAAAGUUUGAAAUGAUCCUGGACCUGUAAUCUGUUGAGGACAGUUGCUUUGAGUGGGCAAGAGCUUUGCCCAUCCACCAGAUAGUGCCUCCCUUUCUUCACCUCUUUUUAUUCUCUCCCUUCCUCAUCACUGUCUUUGACAUCAACACUGAAGUUAGUUACAUGUGGCUGGGAGUGAGCUUUAAGGUUGAGUUAUAGUAGAUGCUAUGGAUCUUUUUUUACAUCGGUGUCAAUGUUUUGGAGAGUGAAUAUUAUCAAUGAUGCUUUAUAGUUUGUUGGUACAGUGACAGUACAGCAUAUGUCUCAUUAUCAUUGACUAUAAAUGUUGCAUUUAAAAGGAAAUCCCCUCUUAGCUUAAGUACUGUAGGCGCUAUAUAUAUAUGAGAGCCUGGUGUUGUGUCAGAAACCAGUACAGUAUGAUUAGCUUUGGUGUUGCUAUGAUUUUUGUUUCAGUUUUUUUGCACUGUACCAAGAUGACCCCGAAUGUUGGUCUAUCUAUUUAUUUUGUUGCUAGAAAGAUUAUUUACAUUACGUUAUACUGUGUAUAUUUUUGUAUUAUUUGCAUUUAAAGGAAUAUUAUCCAUAUCUGCUCACGCUGGAGAGGAACAUCUUAUAUGUUGGUAAAUAUUACACCAAAGACAUGGUCAGCCAACCAUUUGGUCUCAUUUUCCUGUGAUCCGUUUAAUGUCAGAAGAAUCAACAGAAAGUAUUUAGGACUCUUUAUGCCACAGGCCAGACAACCUGUUGAGCAAGAGAACCUAAUACUUUAUAAAUCUGCUCAAAAUCUGACAAUGCAAAAGUUGUACAUCACAUUUCACUUUAUAUUGGUUGCUACUUGUUGUACUUCAUAUUCUUUCUUUGAGCUGAUUUCAGUGUGUUGGGUCACCUUGGUAUAAUCAACUCGUUUGCUAACAUGCUUACUAAUUUAUCAUGUAUGCUGUCUGCUGGAACAGAAGACAAAUGGAAAGUUUUAUUUAUAAAGUUUUAAAGGAUAGAAGAUGUUUUUAUGAUAUAUUGCACUUCAUGCACAAAGCAUCUUUAUUUAAUAUGAUUUCAUAUGAUGAUGUUUUAAGAAUGUAUAGAAAAAACUGGGUUUGGCUGAAAAAUAUUAUGGCCUGUAUUGAAAGGAGAAGAGUAGAUGAAACUGUAACGGUGCCAUUUUCGCCUCAACGGGUAAACAACCAACAACACUGCACCAAAUUGCAUUGAUUUUUUUUGUUGUUUACGACUGGCAGAUGAUGCAGUGGUUCCAGCACUUAAUAGUUUAAAGGUAUCAUGUUAAGGAAUAACACUUUAUAUGACAGUUUUAGUACACUGGCCAAUAAUUGUUCAAAGUUAAAUUAAUAGAUUAUUUCAUAUUUGGCUGCUUUUUGAGUAUCAUCUGGAUCGAAGCAUGCAGGUCCACUUAUCUCCUGCUGUACUCUGUCCCUCUCUCCUGCCUUACUGCUUGCUAAUGACAACAGCCCCCCCCCCCCUCCCUGAAGUGCUGCUUGUAAAGUAUUGUCAUUCAUGAUCCCUGUAAUGACUAACUGGAAACCUUCCUCUUGGCUCUGUCUUGUAUAUAAAUCGAGAAUUUCUGUGUUGGGUCUCAUCGCACAGAUGAUAUUAACUCUCUCUCUUCCUCUGUAUACCAUGAUGAAUAAGAAUAACUGGCCUGAUGCUUCGUCUUUGUCACCCUAGAGUAGAGUGCCGAUCAGGGAUCUGUUUUUUGCACAUGCAGCUUGGUGUGGAUGAGAUGGUCAUUGUGGAGCGGGUAGAUGAUCCCAGGUCUGCACUCUCUGUGCUCUGAGCUGAUUGACAGAAGCAAUAGCAGGUCCCAGCCUGUGAUGAAGUCUUAAUCUCAGUGCUCACGUUUAUCUUUUGAGUGUUCUAGAGUUUUUUCUCAUGUCUGUGGACACGUAACAAAAGUUGUGAAGAUUAAAAAAAAAGGUGAAAUAAAUAAAUGAGUGUUGAAACUUAU